CACCAAGAGAACUUCCAUCCCCCCGAGGAGUCUGACCUGAGCAGACACAUGGCAAUCCAGAAGAUGGGUGGCAGGGGGCGGGUGGCCGCUGAGCUGCUUGAACAGAGAAGGAGCAGCCACUGUGAUGACAGGAAGCAGACAUCCAUAAAGUUGGGGCCUCCCACAGUUCGACUGGAAUAAAAAGAUUUGAAGUGAUUCGGGACAGUGGAGUGGAAGAGGAGGAAGAGGAAGAUAUAAAUGUUGGAGCACUACCCUGUCGUCUGUUUCUGCAAUGGUUGGAAGCAUGUGUGACUUAGAUCAGGGAAAACGUCUACCAAUGAUGGAUAGCUCCCCCAUGACUGCACCCCUGUCAGGGGUUCGGAGCAUUCUGCACCCAGGAAUUCACCUUCCUGUCUCCUUCCUCCUCCUCUCCUCCCAGACGCUGUUAGCACUGCUGGUCUUGGUGCUGUACCUGGGCACAGGAAUAUCAGGAAAUGGCUGGGAAGGAUCCGGACGGAUCAGGGACUGCAGCCACCCUCAGAAUCCCGUGGCAUCCCAGGGCUUUGAGUAUCAGGCCAGUGAACCCACUGAAGAGCCAAUAAGGACCCUCAGGAAGUGGCUGAAGACAAACUUGCACGGUUUUCUGGAGAAGCUAGAGAGAGAAGUGAGAGAGUUGGAACAGCUGGUACGCGACCUGGAAUUCUGGCUUGAUGCGCUCCUGGGAGAGCCGCACCCCGAAGACCUGUGCUCCACCCACAAGGGUCAUCUGUGAAGGGCAGGUGCUGGGACCUGGGGAGCAGAAGAGGAGGCCAGGAGGCCAGGUUCUGACACUCGCUGUUCCAGGCAACAAUAAAGUGGACAAUAAAGUGGCUGAGAGGAUAAGGGGGCGUUCAUGAGCAUCGAGGAACAAUGGGGUUGGGGGACCAUGCCUGCGGCCACCAGACCAGUGCAGCUCCCAGUGGCUUCAAGCUCAUCCCUUCUUUCCCACUCACUGGAGACAUGGGGCAAAUUUCCUUAAUCUCUCUCUUUAAAAAAAAAAAAAAAAAAAAAGAGUAUGUAUGUAUGUGCAUGUGUGUGC